CCCAGCCGACUGUCGGAUAACGACUGCCAUUUAUUCCAGUCUGUUACUUAAUUCUCCUCUUUGUGCAAAUGUGCAUCGUAAUGACGAGAAGUCAAGAGCAUGGUGCGAUCGGAUGGUACCACGAGCAGGAACGACUUUUCAUCGACAUGUAUGGGCAGAAAAAGGAAUAAAGGCUCCGAAGAAGAAACUCCAGGCGAUGAAUCUCAGUGGACGCAGGACUACACAGCCGAGCCUGAAGAAGAUGCGAGGCGAGAAACAUCAUUAAAGAAGAAGACGCCAAGAAUGCGUGGAUUUGUCGUUAAGGUGUGGUAGAAAGAAUAAACAAAAUAGUUCUUGCAGCUACUCGCUAAUGAACAAUAAUCACCGGUGGUGAAGAAGGAAGAACUGCUUCGAUGUUUUGGGGUUAAUGAGUAGUGGUCCGUCGUGAGCAGCGGAGUACUGGUGUACUAGGCCCGUUCCAUUUUCAGAGUGCUUCCGGAAUCAGGGACCUGUCUACCCUGCUCCAAGAGUCGAGUCUCUCGGUCUCGUUCCGGCUUACCUUGAUUUAAUAAUGUACCGCAUAUCAAGAAGGUGGCUGUGGUUGAAGUACGAAGGCUGGCAGAUCUAGAAGAUGGCGAAAGUCCGAGCUAUUGGUGGUCACAAAGGCGUACCUACAAAGGCGGUGUAUCCCGAGGAUUGCUUUCUAUGGAUGGGCUUCGUUGGACUUAUUGCCCCGGAUCCCCACAAAUGAGGAAACAAAUCGAUCCACUCGAAAUUCUCCUUCCGUGAAAGUAACUGGCAGCGAGAAACUGGCGGAGGUGGUGUGGUGGCAAGUGCUGUCGUCGUCGCCGGUGCAGCGGAGGAAGGAUGAUGGGGGAGGGACUGGAUCGGGUGGGGUAGGGGAUGGUGGUACGCAGUGACGGAGGAGGUGAGUGAGGUGAGUGUACGCUCGCUGGCGUCGGGCUUGGACUCCGGCGGGCGCUUCUUCUGUUCUGGGCUGGCCAUCUCCUUCACCAACUUUCCCGCUCGCACUGUGAACUUCUUCUUGUCUUGUCCGCGCGUUGUGCGGACGAGUAAGGUUUGUUGGUGAAGCGCAUUGCAUGCUGUGAUUGAUGAUGUCCAGCGAGAGAGCGAGGGAGGCAGGAGCGAUGGAACACGAGGAGGUAUAGAUAGCAGAGGGCUCGACCUGCAUGAUUGUGCUGGUUCAUUCCCUGCUACCACCUUCUUGAGUUCUCCUCUCGCUCGUUCGUUCCGGGACGGGACGAGGAGGCACGAGUACAACAAUUAUUACUACUACUAGUACCGAUAUUCGCAGCUUGGAGCGGCUGGAGCUCGUGCCAUGCGCGUCUCCUCGUCCUUGCUAUCGCCAUUCCGAUAAUAUCUCGACUUGAAGCCCUUCGACUUCACGAGUACUGCACAAUGUCGGACCUAAAUACGCCCUUGGUGAAGAAGAGAAAGUGGUCAUGGGUAGACUGGGCAGUCCAGUUUCGAUGGAUCCUUGUCAUUACUGUGGUCUUGCCCGUCUCCAUGGCUUUCGACAUUUGGGCCGAGUGGGGCGAUUGGUGGUCUGCUCGCAAAUCAGAGGAGAAGCGUCAAAAGGAGCACGACAAGCAUGUGGAGGAAGUGAUCAAGAGGCUGAAGUCUAGAGAUGCAUCGAAGGAUGGGCUGGUAUGCACGGCCCGUAAGCCCUGGAUAGCCGUGGGAAUGAGGAAUGUCGACUACAAACGAGCCCGUCAUUUCGAGGUCGACUUAUCGGCCUUUCGUCAAGUUUUGGAGAUCGACGAAGAGAAUAUGAUUGCGCGGUGUGAGCCUUUGGUCACCAUGGGACAGAUUACCCGCAUGACCGUUCCCAUGAACCUUUCCCUGGCCGUAGUGGCCGAACUCGACGACCUGACAGUAGGAGGCCUAAUCAAUGGGUACGGUAUUGAAGGAAGUUCUCAUAUCUACGGGCUUUUCUCCGACACCGUCGUAUGGUACGAAAUAGUUCUUGCUGACGGGCGAUUGGUGAAGGCCACUCGAGACAACGAGUUUUCCGACCUGUUCUACGCCAUUCCUUGGUCUCAGGGUACCUUGGGCUUACUGGUGGCUGCCGGAAUUAAGCUCAUCAGAAUUAAGGAAUACAUGAAAGUCACGUACAAGCCUGUGAGAGGAACCGUGCGCGAGCUCGGGCAAGCUUACCUUGACUCAUUCAUUCCUCGCGAUGGCGACCAAGACAACCCCGAGAAGGUGCCUGAAUUCGUCGAGGGGAUGGUGUAUAACGACCACGAGGGAGUGAUGAUGACCGGAAGAUACGCGUCGAAGGAGGAAGCGAAGAAGAAGGGCAAUGUGAUCAACAGGCAGCGCUUCUACUUCAAGAAGUGGUUCUACCAGCACGCCCAGACCGCUCUGAAGAAGGGAGAAUUUGUCGAGUACAUUCCAACGCGUGAUUACUACCACAGGCACACCAGAUGUUUGUACUGGGAGGGCAAGCUCAUCCUGCCCUUCGGAGACCAGGUCUGGUUCCGCUACUUGUUCGGAUGGAUGAUGCCGCCCAAGGUGUCAUUUUUGAAGGCAACCCAGGGAGAUGCCAUCCGGAACUAUUACCACGAGCGCCAUAUCAUCCAGGACAUGCUCAUUCCCGCCUACAAGGUCCCUGAGGCUCUUGAGUUCGCCCACAACGAGUUUGAGCUGUACCCAAUUUGGCUCUGCCCUCACCGCAUUUUCAAGGCACCCAUGAAGACCAUGAUCAACCCGCAGCCAGGUUUUGAGUACGAGAAACGCCCCGGUGACACCCCUUACGCCCAAAUGUUCACCGACGUCGGGCUUUACUAUACCCCCAACGCUGUCUUCCGAGGCGAGGAAUUCGACGGAGUGGCUGCCGUGAAGAAACUGGAACAAUGGCUCAUCGACAAUAAGGCUUUCCAGGCUCUCUACGCCGUAUCGGAGUUAAACGAGCAAGAUUUUUGGCGUAUGUUCGACGCCACACUCUACAACAAAUGCCGAGACAAGUACAGGGCCGUCGGUACUUUCAUGGGUGUUUACUACAAGUCGAAGAAGGGUAAGAAGUCAGAACAGGAGGUCAGGGAUGAGGAGUCCAAGGUUCGCGAGACACAGUACGCAGACAUUGAGAAGCCAAUGUCGGACUAGGUUUAGCAGUUCUGCAGUCUGCAAAGCAAUGAUCCAUCAGUAGGUCGCGGUCUAGAAACUGAAAUUUUUUAGAGUUCUGCUUCGCAGAGCUCAUAGCUAUUUCCAUGUACAGAGAUCCUCAGCUGAUCGAUCUUUUGUUUUGAGAGGUUUUUUAUGAAGAGAGAUUGAGAUGGGUUUUCACCCUUUCGAGAAGCCUGGCCAGCUUAUUCCAGACUCUCGUUUUUCACGUUUCGUUUUUUUGUUUAGCUUAGCUUUAAAGCUUCUGUAACGAGUUCUGCCAGAUAAUUCCGGUCUGAGUCAGUAAAGGUCAAUGACCUCUUCGUAAAGCGC